GCCCAAAACUCGCAAAUCUCGAGCUACAACGUUCGCACUAUUCAAAAUUAGGAAGGUCCCUCCAAGUCCCUGUUAAUCCCCACACAAGCGAAUGAAUCUUUCAUCAGCAAGUCUUAUGCCAGUAACACACUGAGCAUCAGCAAAACUUUCAACCAAUGAUAUCACAGAAGAGAAGGGUUUUGACACAAUAACACGCACCAGAGACGAUAGAUGCAUAAAUCCCUUCUCCGCUUAGUGGGAAAAGCUAGCACAAUGCUCAUCUACAGUACCCCAAAGAUCUGAAUACGAGCCAGGAAGACGUGUCUCGAACACAAUACCCCAUUUCUACAUACCCCCGAACAACACUUCUUGAACCGAUGACUGCAUAUUACACUCAACGACAACAAGAUAGAGCAUGAGAGGGAGGAAAAUUUGAAAGCGCACUCACCGCCCAGCCACCAAAGAAUCUCAAACCAAAGUCCGAAAUCACAAGUUCUCCAUCUGGAAGUCAGUCUCCCAAGCAUAGAUUCAAGUAUAUAACCCACCCCCUCCCACCAAACCCAAAACUAUCAUCAACAUCCCUCACUUCUCUACUCCCAAUCCCAAUCCAACAACCCAGCCUUCAAAAUGAGAGCCAGCAUCCUCCUCACAGUCACCCAAGUGGUCGCAGUCCUUGCUUUCCCAACCGGUAAGCAUAGAUCCCAUCUCAACAUCCUCAACAUCCUAAACUUUAGCUAACCCCACCACCAGGACUGAACACCCCCAUCGCAUCCGGUACAUACCAACACAAUCCCAAAAUCCCGCAAAAUGAAAAAAAUAAAAUCAUAAUUAACUAACGCAUGAAAAUAGAAAUCGAAGCACGAGCCGAGGACAUCGAUAACGCCUGGAAAGCAAGCUACAGUACCUCUCUCCCCCCUUUCCCCAUUCAAUCUUGCUCAAAGAUACCUAUUUCGAGGAGGAAGAUUGCUAAUUCGUGUUUUUCUUUUCAGUCAAGAGAAGCGAGGACAUCGAUAACGCCUGGAAAGCCAGUUAUAGUGUGUAUUCCCCGCCCCUCACUUCCUGAAAUCGAAGGAUAUAGAAUGGGGAGGAUGAAAGUACUGACUGAACCUCUUACAGUCAAACGUAGCGAAGAUAUCGAUAACGCCUGGAAAGCCAGUUAUAGUACGUCCCUCUCAACCUCCCCAUAGGACCUGUCCUCUCAACUCGUCUAAAUCAGAAAACAACAUUUUCCUCAAAAUUCUCGACCCGGAGGGGAGAUGUAUAUGGUGAUACUGACUUCAAUCCUUCACUUAGUCAAGCGAAACGAAGACAUCGACAACGCCUGGAAAGCCAGCUAUAGUACAUAUCUCCUCCUUUCCCACCUCACCUUACCUUCACAUUUCCCUUCCCUCUUUUUAUCCUCUCCAACAACCCCAAAAACUAACUCCCCCACCCCGAAAAGUCAAGAGAAACGAAGACAUCGAUAACGCCUGGAAAGCCUCCUACAUCAAGCGCGGCGAGAACAUCGACAACGCAUGGAAAGCCUCAUAUAUCAAAAGAGGUGAGGAUAUCGACAACGCCUGGAAAGCUUCCUAUAGUACGUCCCUUGACCUCUUUUACCUCCUCACCUCCUCAUCCCCACCAUCAUUCCCGCACCUCCAAAUUCUAAUCUUCAAUUUCAAUUCCAAUUCAAGAAAACAACUAACAUCCAACCUUCCAGUCAAACGCAACGAGAACAUCGACAACGCCUGGAAAGCCUCCUACAUCAAGCGCAGCGAGAGCAUCGACAACGCCUGGAAAGCUUCAUACAUCAAGCGUGAGCCAGCCUCGGGGGGUGAGAACGUGGAUGCGGCGUGGAAGGCUAGUUAUAUCUAG